AUGGUCAAACAAGGAUAUAAGGUAAUGAAAGUACGUAGCAUAGAGGACAGACAACUGGAGGCUUUGAAAAAGGCGGCACUGAAGGCGUGCGAGCUCUCCUACAGCCCCUACUCUCACUUUCGUGUAGGUUGUUCCAUAUUAACAAAUGACGACGUUAUCUUCACGGGCGCUAAUGUAGAGAAUGCAAGCUACAGUAAUUGUAUAUGUGCAGAACGAUCUGCUAUGAUACAAGCCGUGAUGGCAGGUUACCGCUCGGGAUGGAAAUGCAUGGUCAUAUGUGGCGAUUCUAAGGAUGAGUGCGUGUCUCCUUGCGGUGUUUGCAGACAAUUUAUCAAUGAAUUUGUGAUCAAGGACUUUCCAAUCGUUAUGCUCAACUCGACAGGUUCCCGUUCUGAAGUCAUGACCAUGGGGGAGCUGCUGCCCAUGGCUUUUGGUCCCUCCCAUUUAAGCUAG